UGCAGCGACUUUUAAAUGGGAACAGUAGACUAACUAUCCAAGAAUAAGUAAUGACUGCUUUCCUGAGAGGAUAAUUACGCUGUAAUGGAAAUGGGAUUCUCUCUUGUUGAACCGACCGUCUCUCUGAACCGCUAAUAUAGCCUGUUACUGGUUGCAUGAGGCUCCGGCGUUUGCGACGGAUUCUCAGGGGGAUGAGCUCAGUGGAGUGAACAGCCAGCCUACUGGGGGAGAGACACAGGAAUCCAGCCUUCUGCAGUCCGAGCUUCGGGAUCCCCUCUUCUGCAGAGCCACUCUGGUGUAGCACCGAAAGGGAAGGGGCAGUCAGGCGGCCAUUUUUAAAUGCUAAACCACCGCAAGAGGAGUAGACAUUACAGGCUGCUGAACUAAGGGAAAGAGAGAGAGAGGUUGGCAUGGACACAAUGGAAAACCCGGUUCUGGAGUCGAAGGCGGAGCGGAUCGCCCGCUACAAGGCGGAGAGGAGGAGGGAGCUGGCGGAGCGCUUCGGGAGCGCGGAGGAGCUCCCGUCCAAAUACGUGCGGAGGGAGCGGAGGGAGGUCCUCAGCACCCCGCCCCUCGGCUGCCCGGAGAACGAGGGCGCCCCCACCAGGGCGAGCGCCACUGCAGACGGGGAUGCUAACGCUAACGCUAAUGGGCAGGCGUCGGAGUUACGGCGGCCUCGGUGGAGAACCGCCUCGGAUACGGCGAGCCAGCCCCCCCCUCCGAAAAUCUCCAACGGCACGGAACCCGACCCCCACACAAACAGGCAGUGGUCCCAGGCCGCUGCGGGGCCGUGCGACGGGGGCGGAGAUGCGGACGCCCCCUCCCACGAUGCCUUGCAGCUGCGCACACGGGUGUCGGUGGGCCAGCUGAGGAGCGCCCUGCUGCAGCAGAGCGCAAGCGGGCCGCAGCCCGAAAGAGCCAGCGACGGCGGGUCCGUGACCUCGUCUCUGGACUUGGCGGGAAGCCCUGCGCCCGAGGGGCGGCGCCGAACUCGCCGCUACCUGCCCGGGGGGGCGGCCGAGAGCCGCAAGACCAGCGAGCGCUUCCGGACCCAGCCGAUAACCGCCACGGAGGUGCAGGAGAGCGGCGGCUUCGUUGAACCUGAAGAAGGGGACACACAGAAAGCUGACGUGAAAACGGACGAGAGGGCCAACAUGAGCGUCGCUGCCAAGAUGACUCUCUUUAAAGAGCUGGAGAAGACUUCUGGCCCCUCCCUCCUGAGGCCCCGCCCUCGGAGCUGCACGUCCGAUUGGCGGAGUCGCCAUGCCAACGAUCACAGGGCGCUCACGCAGCCGGUGACCACCGAAGAGGUCGUGGAGGCCAUCAGACUCCCCACGCCAGCUGGACCUGCCGGGGAUCAGGGCGUGAACCUGGGCGUGAACCAGGGCGGGGCCCAGGGUGUGAACCAGAGCGGGGCCCAGGCCGAUGGGAACGGGCUGGAGGGAGAGAAGCCGGAGAUGGAGGAUGAGAGCUCCAAACUGAGCAUGAGCGAGAAACUGGCCCUCUUCAACAAGCGGCCGGAGCCCGAGAGCAAGGCCCCGCCCAUCUCCACGGAGGCCUCAGAGAGGCGCCGGCAGAAGGGGGCGCGCUACCGCACCCAGCCAAUCACCAUGGACGAGGUCAAACUGCUACAGCAGGGAGCUGUGCAGCUGCCCGUCCUCUGCCUCCCCGCCCACCUGUGUGACCGGUCGCAGACCGACUCCGCCAACCUGAAGCCCAGCGAGUUUUGCCGCCCGCCGCCCGAGGCCCAGCCGGCGCCGGCCCGCCCGGCCCCGCCCGGCUCCGAGCCGCGGGAGAUCAGGGGCAUCCUGAAGAAGGGCCGGGCUGAGGGCGGGGAGAGGCCCGCCCGCCCCAUGAGCCUGCAGGAGGCGCCGACAGGCCAGGAUCGGAACGGCGAGGGCUUGGUCGGCUACGAGGGCGUCUCCCCUGUGGCCCCCUGGAGGAGGAGGGCCAGAAGCAGGACCACCACUCCCGUCUUCGGCGAAACACCCCGCCCUCCGCCCCGCAGGUCCCGCGGGAAGCCGCCUGCCCCCAGUGCCCCAGCCGAACACGGCCAGGAGCCGCACGGCAGGUUGGCUGAGCCCUGCAAUGCUGACACAGAGCAGCAGAGUAUUGUUAAACACAGUGAGGUCAGUCACCUGGCCCAGGUGUCCUUCCCUGAACACAGUACUCAACUGCAGGUCUCUUGCAGGGAGAAGGUUGAGAAUAAGAUUUCCCAUGAUGCUGCUGACCACACUGUGUGCUGGGAGCCCGUGUUCUCCUCCCUCUUUGUACCCGCUAGCCCCACCUCCCAGUACGUACUGUGUUACAACCAGACCACUCAGGCCUAUGAGGCCCAAGAGCUCUCAUCUGCCACUGAGGGGAACUCUCCAUCCCCCUGGACACAGAAGAGUGCCUCAGCUGAUUUGGAGACCAGUGUGCCUUUGGCGGAACACGCGUGCGUUCAGCCGGGGGAGGAGGAGCAGCGGAAGGUCCAGGGUGAAGGCGCCUCCAAAGACUCCACCCAGCUCACUGUUGCUGCACCUACGGCCAGCAGAGAGACCUGCGCUCACCCCCAACUAGAACCUAAAGAGGAUAAGAGGCUGGACAAGCCUCAGAGCAAGGAGUCUGGCCAGGGCGAGACCUCGAUCGAGGUGGCAGCCGAGGCGGUGAUGGAGGUGACUACGGUGGAUGGUGUGGACGCCCGGGGCCCCUCCCACCGCUCUCCCGCCUCCAUCCUCGACUCCAGCAGCCCCACCCACGUGGAGCAGGACUUCGGCUGCAUCCUCGAAUCCGCCUCACCCAAGUUGACCUCCUCUGUAGCGGACCACAAGCGGGCUGUGCGUCCGGCCCGUAAGACCCAGGGCUCGCGGAACCCCCUGCGUGUUCUGGCUGCCCGCGCGGACAUCCGCCAGGAGUACACGGAGCAGCGCUCCAGCGUGACCUCACCCACGGAGAAUAAUGAGUCACCGACAGGCCUGGCCAAUAAGGAGAACUGUGAUGCCAACCUGUGCGACACCAAGCCCAACGGAGAUAAGAUUAACAACAGCUACCUGCCAUACAGCACGCUCAUGCUCCUCCACAUCAAAGGUCGGAGGCAUGUGCAGGUGCGUCUGGUGGAGCCGACAGCCCGCUCCUUAAACAGUGGUGACUGCUUCCUGCUGGUCACGCCCGCUCGCUGCUUCCUGUGGAACGGCGAGUUUGCCAACGCCAUGGAGAAAGCCAAGGCCUGUCAGCUGGCUUCCUCGGUGCAGGCUCAGGGGGAUUUGGGAUGCACUGCUCCUCAGGUGAGCGUCCUGGAGGAGGGCAGAGAGAGCGAGAGCACCCUGGUCCAGGAGUUCUGGGACCUGCUGGGGGGAAAGGCUGAGUACAGAGGAGCUGGAGGUCCAGAGGAGGACGAGCAGUUUGAGAGUGGGGUGGUGGAGUCUAACUGCGUGUACUGGCUGGCGGACGACAGGCUGGUUCCCCAUGACGACGCCUGGGCCGCCAUCCCCAGCGUCGCCCUGCUCAAGUCCUCCGAGGUGCUGGUCUUUGACUUUGGCAGUGAGGUGUAUGUGUGGCAGGGGGAGGAUGUUCCUCUGGGCCACAGACAGGUGGCGCUGCAGCUGGGCAGACAGGUGUGGGGCGGGCCCUACGACUACAGCAACUGCAGAGUGAACCCCCUCAACCCAUCAGCCACUAGCACAGAGAUACAGAGGAUGGGAGAGGGGCGGCCCAGCUGGGCGCUGUUCGGCUGCCUGUCAGAGCACAGCGAGACCGCUCUCUUCAGAGAGAAGUUUCUGGACUGGGCCGGGAGGGGCGGAGCCAAGGAGGAGGUGCCUGUGGAGGAACUGAAGGGUCCCGCGACCCCCGACCCCGCCCCCGCCCCCGCCCAGUCGGAGCUGCGCCCGUGCGACGCCAGGGCCCUGCUGGCUGGGGGGGCGGCCGGGCCGGUGGGCACCAUCCUGGAUGGCAUGGAUGUGCAGAGGGGGCGGGGCCCGGUGCGGGGGGAGGACGGGCGGCAGGCGGAGCUGAGCACCGUCGCCGUGGACGUCUGGGACGUCGGGGAGCUCGACGAGCGUCCGCUCCCGCGAGAGAGCGCCGCUCAGCUGCACGAGGGGAACACCUACGCCGUCCGCUGGAAGUACUCCGUCACCGGCGCCGUGGGGGCGGAGCAGUCUCAGGGUCAGGGGGUCAGCGCAGCUCCAGGGCAGGAGCACUGCGCCUGCUUCCUCUGGCAGGGCCGCAGCUCCAGCGUCAGCAGGAAGGACACGUCCACGCUCAUGGAGCCAGGCGACCACACGGGGGCGCAGGUGCUGGUGCCUCAGGGGAGGGAACCUCCCUGUUUCCUGCAGCUGUUCCAGGGAGGCCUGGUCAUCCACAAGGGCAGCCGAGAAGAUACCAACCAUGCAGCAGGAGGCUGGCGGUUGUUCUGUGUGCGGGGGGAGUUGGCGGAUGAGGGGUCCCUGCUGGAGGUGGACUGCUGCUGCGCCAGCCUGCGAUCCCGCGGCUCCCUCGUCCUGCUCCACGCCCAGCAGGGGGCGCUCUUCCUGUGGUUCGGCUGCAAGGCCCACUCCAGCACCCGCGACGUGGGCAGGAGGGCUGCUGAGAGAAUGACACAGAUGUGUCCUCCAGAGCUGGGGCUGAGCAGUAGCAGCAAUUUGAAGGUGCAGGAGGUGGAGGAAGGGGCGGAGCCUGUUGAGUUUUGGAACGCCGUGGGGAAACUGGACAGGAAGGCCUAUGACUGCAUGCUGCAAGACCCUGGGAAGUACAACUUCACCCCGCGCCUGUUCCGCCUCGGUGCCAGCGCCGGAGUCUUCGAGGGGGAGGAGAUUGUGGGCCCCGCUCGGGUGGUUGGCACGGUUACGCCCAUGCCCUUCCUACAGGAGAACCUGUACUCUGUCCCACAGCCAGCCCAGUUCCUGUUGGAUAACCACCUGGAGGUGUACCUGUGGCAGGGAGAGGUUCCUGGUGACUCAGAGUCCCUGGGCGCGGCUCGGUCUCGCUGGGACAGCGAGAGGAAGUGCGCCAUGGAGACCGUGCUUCAGUACUGCAAAGAGAAGAACUCGAGACGGCCUCCCCAGGCCUACCUGAUACACACCGGCACUGAGCCCCUCACCUUCACCAACGUCUUCCCCCGCUGGGAGAGGGACCCCAAAACCAGCCUGCAGCAGGGGGAGCCGGUGCGGAGCAAGGUGACGCUGGUGCGGGAUGCCCUGGCUCGUCUCACUAAAGCCCAGUACUCGGUGGAGGAGCUGCUGGGCAGGCCGCUGCCCGAGGGGGUGGACCCCCUGCGGCUGGAGACCUACCUCUCUGACCUGGAUUUCCAAAGGGUUUUGGAGAUGAAGAGGGAAGAGUUCAACUCCCUUCCAGACUGCAAACAACUCAGCUUGAAAAAAAGUAAAGGACUGAUUUGAAACAAAAAGAAGAAAUUAUAUUUGACUCUUUUCUGUCUGCAAAUAAUGGGAGAAACACUCUGCACUUUUUUGUAUGUUGAAUUUUUAAGAAAAGCAUUAUUUUUCUUGUAAAGUGACAAUGCUCAGACUGUACAUUCUGGAUUAGCCAUGUUUUUCUCAUAUCUCAUUUUAAACAGUCUUCUCCCAGUGACUUCUUUCUGGGAGAAAAGAUGCCUUUAACUUCAGAAAAAACUAUUUUCUAAAUGACGCUCAAUUAAGCUAUAUACAUUGAAGACAAAUCUAAAAAUAUACAUGUUGUAUAUUGUAAAUGUAAUGUUUUCCUGUAUCUAAAAUCAUGCAAGAUAUGACAAUAGGGUAAAAAAAACCCUACUAUUCACUAACAUGGUGCUUAUGGUUAAGUGCACAAACUGGUCUAUGCAUACUCAAGAGUGUUCAGAGCAGUUACUCGACUCUGAGUAUGAAGAGUAGAUACUCCUGUACUCUUAAGCGCGCACAAUAGUUAUUCCAAAUUUUGGUUUUACAUACUCAGACCAACUGGUCUGUAUACCAGUCUGUACAUACUAAGUAUCGAGAGUACUCACUCCUCACUGGUUGGUACAUACUCAAGAGUGUUAAAAGACCACACUCAGAGAGAGCAGUUACUCCACACUAGUCUAUGCAUACAGGGUACUCCUCUAACAGAGAGAGUACUUACUCCUCACUAGUUAGGACAUACUCAGAGUGUUAAAAGACUCUACUUCACUCUGUGUGGUCUGUGUGUACUCGGAGGGAGUGGUUACUCCACACUAGUCUAUGCAUACAGGGUACUCCUUUAACCGAGAGAGUACUUCUCACGCUGUUCAUGGCUCUGUGCUGGAUUAGCACCUGGAUGUUGAACUACCUUCAAAGCUAUGAAUUUGUAAAACAAAUAUUGCUCCUGUGCAAAAAAAAAAUUCUGUAAAAAAAAUUUGAUUCAGUUCUGUUUUUAAAUAAAUGUAACAUGGUGCGAUAUGAACUCUUUUAUGAUAUGUCGGCACAGCUGUCUAAGGAAUAACUUUACCAUUUAAAAAAAGGUAAACCGUAUAGCCAUAGACCCAGACCGUCAUAAAAAAGCACAGUACAUGUGUGUUCAAGCUUUUAAAACAUUUUUAUGACUUUAAAUUGGUUCUUUUUUUUUUAACAUUAAUUUGUGCUUUUCAUUUGAAAAGACUGAAAGUGAAAUGUAUGGCUAUAUUGUAGAAAUGAAUCUGAGAAAAAAAAAAAAAA